GAUAGAAAGACAAUCUAGUAUCAUAAGUUUUAUCAUUUCAAUUUUAGAAUACAACUUGGUACAAAAUCUAGUGAAACAAAUAAUACAAUUAUCAGUUAACAAUCAUGGCUGAUACACCGCCCGAAGGGGAACCUGUCACAGAGAAUGUACAAACCGCUGGAGCGAACGCUGCUGUUGAAAGUGCUCCAAGCAAGGAGAAGGAGGAGAAGUCUGUUGCUGUCGCUAUAAGUAAGGAAAAGCCAAGCAAGGGCAAAGACAAAUCAUCAAGAACUGAGAAGCAGUCAACCAGCCAGCGGGCAUCUCUAAGUAAAUCCACAAUGGGCGGGGUGACCAGCCCCCUUGGCCUGGCUGCCCAGCAAAAGGCCACUUUGCGCUAUAUGCCCACAUAUCGUUUGGAGCCAAAGAAUCCUUUAAAGAAAGAGCGCCUUGAGAUUAUAAUUAAGGCCGUAAUGAAUAAGAGCUACAACGAGGAAUAUAUGUUUCAUCCAAAGCAUUCGUUGCACAUGGCCGCUCAGGUCAGCGAGGAGAUUAAAAAUCGCAUCAAGCUUCAGAAUUUUGAUAGAUAUCGUUAUAUAGUAAUCGUUUCAGUGGGCGAAUAUCUAAUGCAAGGUCUCUAUUCCAUGAUUAACUUUCUAUGGGAUGCUGAGAAAGAUGGUUUUGUGAGCUACGUUGUGGAGACACCAAGAUAUUUUGCCAUUUGCACUGUAUUUUAUAUAUAUUACGAUUAAUCCCAGAUUCCAAUAUUUUGCUGCAAAUGAUUAAAAAUUAAUGUUAAAAAAACAA